UCUCUCCCUCCCAUCACCACCACCAACGCAGCAUCACCCACAACACCAUUAUCAUGAAACUCAGUCUCAGUCUCGCAUUUGUCGCUGGUCUCGCAGCAGCCUUUACCGGCGUCGAGGCUGGUGUCCACCGCGCCAAGCUGUCCAAGGUUGACGGCGGCCAGCCUCUCACCUUCAAGGCCCUCCAGACGCAAGCCGAGAUGCUCAAGAUGAAGUACGCAGGCGCAAAGCAGUCGCACUUCUCUGCACCCGCAUCUGGAGAGGAGGGCGAGUUCAACAUCCUCCCCGAGACGAGCUCAGAUGGUGUAGCAUCCGCAUGGCAGGCAGAGGCAAAGAAGGGACACGGUGUGCCCCUCAGUGACUUCCUCAAUGCGCAGUACUUUGCCGACAUCUCCCUGGGCACCCCUCCCCAGAACUUCAAGGUCGUUCUUGACACUGGAUCGUCGAACCUUUGGGUCCCUUCGACUGGAUGCUCCUCCAUCGCCUGCUUCCUCCACUCCAAGUACGACAACUCCGCCUCGUCCACGUACAAGAAGAACGGCACCGCUUUCAAGAUUCAGUACGGCUCCGGCGCCAUGGAGGGUUUCGUCUCCAAGGACGUCCUCCGCAUUGGCGACCUUGAGAUCAAGGGCCAAGACUUUGCUGAGGCUACAUCUGAGCCUGGCCUCGCAUUUGCCUUCGGCAAGUUCGACGGUAUCCUCGGUCUCGCCUACGACACCAUCUCCGUCAACGGCAUCGUCCCUCCCUUCUACCAGAUGGUCAACCAGAAGCUCAUCGACGAGCCCGUCUUCAGCUUCUACCUCGGCUCCUCUGAGGAGGACGGUGGAGAGGCCGUCUUUGGUGGCAUUGACGAGGAGCGAUUCGAGGGCAAGCUCACCUACGCCCCCAUCAGGAGGAAGGGAUACUGGGAGGUAGAGGUCAACUCGAUCAGCCUCGGCGACGAAGAGCUCGAGCUCGAGAACACCGGAGCUGCCAUCGACACGGGCACAUCCCUCAUUGCGCUCCCUACGGACCUUGCAGAGCUUAUUAAUAAAUCUCUCGGCGCGAAACGGGGAUGGCAGGGAUCGUAUUCUGUCGACUGCGAGAAGGUCCCCGAGCUCCCGGACCUCACCUUCAAGUUUGACGGCAAGCCGUACACUCUUUCCGCCUCGGACUACAUCCUCCAGGUCCAGGGCUCGUGCAUCUCCGCCUUCCAGGGCAUCGACAUCCCCGCUCCCCUCGGCCCCAUCUACAUCAUUGGAGACGCCUUUUUGAGGAAAUACUACACAGUCUAUGACCUUGGACGCAAUGCGGUUGGCUUCGCCAAGGCCAAGUAAGAUGCUCUCGCCCUCGUACGACGCGACACGACGCUCCGUCCAUUGUCUCGACCCUGGUUCCGCAUCUAUCUUCCUCCUGUCUCAUCUCUCCCUCAUGACAAAUCUCGACG